AACAAGUUCUGCUCAACAUUUAAUCUCAGUAGCUGAUCGAAGGACGAGCGUCGAGUGAAUUGUGAAAAGCAUCCCAAAUGGCCCAAGCGACGCCAGCUGAUGAACUCAAAGUGGGUGACAUUGUGUUUGCCAAGUCACGUGGUCAUAUAGCCUGGCCCGCCAAACUGAUCGGCAGUGUCAACAAAACCGUGGCACGCGUCGAAUACAUUCUUACAGAGGAGAAAUCAGAUGUGCUUUACAAAAAUAUCUGGCUGUAUAACGAUGCGAACAAAAAACAGUUUAUUACCAAAGAAAAUCUGAGCUAUGAAGCAUUCGCAAAAGCGAUUUAUUACACCGAACGUCAGCUCAACACUUUCCCUAUCUAUGACGAUCUGCGUUUGCUGCACCAAAUGCUACAGCAACGCGACACUUUGUCAGUGGAACCACAAUUCAUUGCAGAGAUCAACAAACUGCGCAGCUCUCUCACAAAGACAAGUCAAAACUAUAAUAUGGCAUUGCAGGCGUUUGCAGAGUUACUCGAGAUGCCCCAAAGUCAGCUGAUGCUCGUACGCAGUCCCGAGGCUGUGGAGUCCAUUGGGAUGUUGUGUCGCUUUGUCAACCCGGGGUCGAAAAAUCAAAUGGUUGUGGAGAUAGUGCGAAACAAGGCAAAGCAGCUAAUGCAACGCUUUGCGGCCGCAUUUCCAAAACCGUAUCGCAAGGAGAACUUUCGUGAUGAAUACCGAAUGCUCUGUGCGAUUUACAGUCGUCACAUGACGGUCACAAGAAUUGUCAAACAGUCGUCGACGACGGAAGCUAAGCAAACAAUAAAUAUAAGCAAAUAAAUGCCUUGGAUUGGUCUUGAGCCAAUCAUGUCAAGAUACAAGUCAGGUGACAAAUAUGCUUUGUGUGCGGUGUGGUUCGGUGUGCUGUGCUGUGCUGUGUGGCUGGCAGUCAAGAUGUUGACGCCGGGCAAACACGAGAUAAACAAUCGAUCAAAAAAUUAGACAAAUCAUCGUGUGACUGUCGUUGUACAAUAAACAAAAGCCAAAUGUGUUCGCACCGUGACAGA